AUGGCUUUCAACUUCAACUGGUCGCCGCUGAUGGCGGACGCGGGUUUCUACACCCGCGCCCAGGAUCUCUUGACGGCUGCGCUCAAUAAGUCGCCGAAGCCUCCGAUCAUCGUCGACGACAUUAUUGUGACCGAGCUGAACUUGGGGUCGAUUCCGCCAGAGCUGGAGAUCCUCGAGAUUGGCGACCUGGCCGAAGAUCGCUUUCGCGGCAUCUUCAAGAUGUCCUACGCUGGAGAUGCAUUCUUAACUCUUAGGACGCGGGUCCAGGCAAAUCCUCUCAAUACAUACCUGUUGACAAGACCGUCCUUUGCAUCGCCAAAGCCUCUGGCCGCUGCAGCCGGCUUAACCAUUCCCCUUCAGAUUACCCUCUCUGAUUUUCGCCUGUCGGGUUUCAUCAUCCUCGUCUUUUCGAAACAGAAAGGUAUCACGGUCGUCUUCAGAAACGAUCCUCUCGAGUCACUCAAGGUUUCAUCGACGUUCGACUCGAUCCCUUUCGUGCGUGAUUACCUACAGAAGGAAAUCGAAGGCCAGUUGCGAAUCUUAUUUAUGGAUGAACUGCCGGCUAUCAUUCACCGACUGUCCUUGAGGCUGUGGGUGCCCGAAUAUCGUGAUCGCGCAGCAGCGGAAGAGGAGCGAGCGGAUAAGGCUUCAUUGGAAGGUCCUGGCCAGGACCCAUUGGCCAGUCCGCCUCAGGACCCAGUGGACUCCCAGGGAAACGCCCUGAAUCCUUCCGAAAUCGCGUCGUUAUCGCUGGACUCCGGCGUCGAAAUCCACUCUUUGUUCUCUCAAAAGAAUUUAUUACGCCUGGCGGCGUUGACGGACUCACAACGCACUUUGUCCCUGUUCACACCUUCCAUUCAGCAAGUUGUGUACAGGGCAUGGACCGGUCCGUCAGAGCAAGGAGAAAGUACUGCAGCUCUAACAUCGUCGGCACUAAGUCCCACGCUGUCCCGGACUCAUUCACAUGUGGGUUCACUUCACUCAUUCGUUGAUAAUGCAAGUACUGUGUCCAUGCAGAGCCGGGGAUCCUCGUCAGUUCAUAGCUUCAGUGGAUCUGGGUUGAGCUUGGGUUCUGGGCGCCACUCAAAGGCGCAUGCCAGAAAACGAAAGAAGCGCGUAGUCGACUUGCGCCGUCCGAAGACCACCGACGAUGUGGAAAGCGUGAGCGGAGAGAGCACUUACGCAGAGACCACCACGAGCGCUCCCACCGUUUUCUCCUCUCCACCAAACAUUUCGGAUGAGAAAAACGACGACCCCGUGACUCCUCCCCUGUCCCCUCAGAAGACUGCGCGACUGCCCACCAUCAAUGAGCGACGAAGACUGAGCGGUAGUCUUUCCAAGCAAACCGUUCGGACUCUGCCUCGUCGAGGAAUCCCCGGUGACUUCCUCUCGGAGUCUGCAGAGACGUCAUCAUCUGCGCCAGUUACAGGUGCCUCUGAGCAUCAGCAUGCCGCCUCCGGAGCUUCUGACCCGGAUGCGACGCCUCGCAGCUCCGUCCACCAGCAAACGCAAUCGUCACAUCCUUCGGAGAAACGUGACACCACGUUCUCAGCUCCUCCACGACCUCUUCCCGCCUAUGUGCUCCCCUAUAUGGACAUGCCUCCCAACAGUGGCAUCGUGGAGCAUGCGUGGGUUAUGAAGAUGGCCGGCGAGAUUGCGCGUCAAAUGCAAGAGGAGAAAUCCUCAGGCUCAGUGCAGUACGGCAACUUCUGGGAAGGCCACAGCCGAGAGGAGAUGCCCCCUCCAGCGUAUGGCCAGUGA